GAAUCCAAAAUUGAUUUCAGACUCUUGUCUAGAGGAGAUUUUGCAGAAGUGGCACAACACCGCAACUUGCAAAAGGAAGAAGUACUGCAACAGAGGAUGGAGUCUUCAGUAAAGAACGUUGUGGUCAUAUUGGCUGCCAUCUUCAUCCCAUGCACUGCUGCUUAUCCAAACGGGCUAGUAACAGAUUCCUGUAAUACAAUGGAGCCAAAUCACCAAUCUACAGCUCAGACAUCAGCUGCCCCCUAUACUUUACAACUAUCUACUACUACAUAUGGUCCAGAGUCUAUUGUCCAAGUCACGCUCGUAGCUUCCAAUGACACACAAUUCAAAGGUUUUAUGAUCCAGGCCCAUGCAGGAAACAAUCCCACCCCUUUAGGAACAUUCCGAACCAAAAACCGAGAUGCACAAUUGUUGAAGUGUACCACGGAUGCGGCCGCAGUCAGCCACACAUCAAGUAGCCAGAAAACAAAGGUAGAAGUGGAGUGGGUGGCACCGAAGGCAAACAUGUCAAACCUUCACUUCAGGGCCACAGUUGUGCAAGUUAGACCAACCUAUUGGAUGAACAUUGCUAGUAAAGAGCUUAAUUAUAAUGAUGGAUCCCAUCUGGUGCCUGCCCUAAAUCAGAUUCUCAUUGGUACUGCAAUAGUGAUCUUUACUCUUUUACGGGUCUAAGGUUGAAGACUCCAGUGAAUCGAUACAAAUUCAAGACAACCAAACAGAACCCCUAAAAAUUUUGUUGUUAUAUAUUGUACUUUUAUGCCUAGCUAAAGAUAGCCCUUUAUAUAUGCCAAUAGUUCCAUAAAAAGCAAAGCAACAACCAUAAAGUAAUAAGUGCGGUUUGAUUUAUUUGAUCUAAGUUUGGAAGGACACACUCGUUGGUAGAUCCUAAAAAAUAAACAAUUAUAAAAAGUUUAAAAAGGACAUUGACAUAUGUUCUGAGAUCAGAAUUACUGAUGAUCUCUGUCCAAGCCCACUUAUUGUAAUACUUCUCAUUAAAUCCAAUACUUUACUAAACAAACAACUUUAAUUGGAUGGCUUCUAGUUAUUGAAAGGCUUCACUAGAAAUUUCCUCUAGUGGCGGUCUGAUUGACUGAUUCAUUGUCUGAUUGGCAAUCACCACAGGCAUUCUGGCUAACAAAUGUAAGCACUGUCAUUUCUCUCAAACGGCAAUGUUCGCAUUUGACAAACUGCACUGAUGUAGUGGUUUUGGUGCUUAGAUUGUCUCUUUAAUAUUAAAUUUAAAUGAUACAAAAAUACAUAAACAUAUUAAAAGCCCUUGGGUUUUAAACAUAACAUUCUAAUAUGUGCUCUAUGACCAAGUAAAAAAGGUAAAAACGCACACAGUGAUUAUAUUUUACCUUUAGUAUAUGACAAUAAUAUUUUACAACUUAUUGUUAGACCUUAUAUAGCAUAAACAUAAAGAGUAUCAUAGUGUAGUAUGUAACACACAAUAGUAAGUUUGUAAGGUUAAAAUGGAACACUCCCAAUUUUCAGAGCCCUUAAAAGUUGGCUCUGAACUGUAGGUGCAGUUCACCCACAAUAGUGAUUGUUGGUAAUAGAUAAGGUCCCAGUGGAGCUGAAGGAUAUCCAGAACAAUCAGGAACCAAAUAAAAUAGAAUAAAAGUUAGAUAAAACAAUAAUAAUAAUAAAAA